AUGGAGACUUGUGAUCGAGAUGAACAAACUAAAUUGGAAAUGAAACAUAGACAAGAAGAAGAUGAUCUGUACAGAAAAUUCUCAAAACACAGAGAAGAAGAAAACAGAAGAAUACGUGAAGAAAUUCAGGAUGAAUGGGAAAGGGAACUGGAACGGUUAACAAACAGAUUCCAGCAAGAAAUGCAAGUGAAAAAGAGAAGACCUGAUGCUGAAAUUGGUGCUCUUACUCUACGACAUCAGCAAGAGAGAGCAGAUCUGGAGAAGAAUAUGACCCUACGGAGAGAUAAGAAGAAAGAGAGUUUGACGAGGAAAAUGCUAGAGCAUGAAAGAGCAGCUACAGCAGCAUUAGUGGAGAAACAAAGUCAUGAGAUGAUGGAACUGAUUCAAGAGAGAAGGUCUGAAUACAUGGCAGCAUCAUCCAUAUACCUCGAUGGGGAGGAAGCUCCCCCAUACCCCGCGCGUGCUCCCGCUCCGCAACCACCCCUAGUAUCUAAGUUCCACAUAUAUACAGAUCCCGCAGAAUUUGCUGAUGUUGACAAAAUUGCAAUUUCGGUAGCACAAGAAGACCAAAAGACAUUUACCGACCUCGUCAGGCAGUUAGUAGGGAGAUGCGUAAGUGACGUCGAAAAGGCGCGUACCAUAUUCCGAUGGAUCACUGUCAAAAACCUUAAUAAUAUACAAUUUGAUGAUAAUCUAAGAGGAGAUUCGCCUUUAGGCUUGUUGAGAGGGAUCAAACACGGAACAGAGAGUUACCAUGUCCUGUUUAAGAGACUGUGCAGCUACGCCGGCCUACACUGCGUAGUGAUCAAAGGCUACAGCAAGUCGGCGGGCUACCAGCCGGGCGUGCGCUUCGAGGACAAUCGCUUCCGCAACUCGUGGAACGCGGUGUUCGUGGCGGGCGCGUGGCGCUUCGUGCAGUGCAACUGGGGCGCGCGGCAUCUCGUCAACGCGAAGGACGCGCCCAAGCCCGGCGUGCGUGGCAAGAGCGAUAGCUUAAGAUACGAAUAUGACGACCACUACUUCCUAACAGACCCACGCGAGUUCAUAUACGAGUUCUACCCACUACAGCCUGACUGGCAGUUGUUGAAAACGCCUAUCACCCUCCACGACUUUGAAGAACUGCCUUUUGUUAGAUCACUGUUCUUUAGAUACGGACUGUACUUCAGUGACCCGAAUACUAAAGCUGUUAUGUUCACUGAUUCUACUGGUGCAGCGACGAUGCGUAUAGCAAUGCCCGCGCACAUGCAGAGUUCCCUCAUCUUCCACUACAACCUCAAGUUCUACGACACGGAGGGCGACGGCUUUGACGGCGUCAGUCUUAAGAGAUUUGUUAUGCAGUCGGUGGUGGGCAACGUGGUGUCGUUCCGCGUGCACGCGCCCUGCAGCGGCGCCUUCCUACUCGACAUCUUCGCCAACGCGGUGACGCCGCGCGAGUACCUCACCGGCGAGCCCAUGAAGUUCAAGAGUGUUUGCAAGUUUAAGAUCUGCUGCGCAGAGCUACAGACGGUAAUGGUGCCGCUGCCGGACUGCGCGAGCGGCGAGUGGGGGCCCACCAAGGCGACGCGGCUGUUUGGACUCGUGCCUAUCACGCACCAAGAAGCCCUGGUAUUCGCGGGUCGUGAGCUAGAGAUUCAGUUCCGCAUGUCGCGCCCACUCGCAGACUUCAUGGCGACGCUACACAAGAACGGUGUCGACGAGAAACGCCUCUCUAAAUAUGUGCAGCAAAACGUGUCCGACGAUAUUGUUACGUUCUAUAUUACAUUCCCGGAGGAAGGGCAAUACGGAUUAGACAUAUACACUCGAGAGCGCGGCGGACCCACGGCCAUACAUCAAAACGGAUCCACAGAGAAAGAGAAACAUCUCCUCACACACUGCUGCAAAUAUCUCAUAAACAGUAGCAAAAGGAAU